AUGGGUUGUGCCGGAUCUUCCUUCGCCAAGGGAGAAGGUAACAAGAAGAUAAGGAAGCCGAAGCCAUGGAAGCAUUCGGAGCCAAUUACAAGGGCACAACUCGUGCAGAAGCGAGAUGAGUUUUGGGACACAGCUCCUCACUAUGGUGGGCAGAAAGAGAUAUGGGAUGCACUUCGUGUUGCUGCAGAAGCCGAGCUAUCUCUGGCCCAGGCAAUUGUGGACAGUGCAGGCGUCAUUGUGCAGAGUGAGGACUUAACUAUUUGCUACGACGAGAGAGGCGCAAAGUAUGAACUACCAAAGUACGUGUUAAGUGAGCCAACCAAUCUGAUUCCUGACAAUUGA